AAACAAACAGGAGCAGGCUCUUUCUGCGCAAGCGUUGCGACCGGAGGGCGGAGCGGGAGGCGCCACGGUGCGCAGGCGCAGCCGUCGGUGGGUAGGGGCUCUGUCGCCUGAGAGGCUGCACUCGGCUGGUUGUGUCCAGGUGCGCUGUCCGUGAGUGUGCUAACCUGAGCGUCUCGGGCGCUCAGCGCAGGCCUUUAUGCAGAGACAAGGGAGCUUCGUUGCUGCGGCCCUAGCAGUGCAUGACCGGUCACCACUCCUUUGUCCCUGAGCCACGUCCUGCCAGGCUCAAGAUGGACAACAAGAAGCGCCUGGCCUACGCCAUCAUCCAGUUCCUGCAUGACCAGCUGCGGCAUGGCGGGCUCUCAUCGGAUGCCCAGGAGAGCCUGGAAGUUGCCAUUCAAUGCCUGGAGACCGCGUUCGGGGUGACGACGGAGGACAGCGACCUGGCGCUCCCCCAGACCCUGCCGGAGAUAUUUGAAGCAGCUGCUUUAGGCAAGGAGGUGCCGCAGGACCUGAGGAGCCCUGAGCGGACCCCACCCUCCGAGGAGGACUCGGCUGAGGCGGAGCGCCUCAAAACCGAAGGGAAUGAGCAGAUGAAGGUGGAGAACUUUGAGGCUGCCGUGCACCUCUACGGCAAGGCCAUCGAGCUGAACCCUGCCAAUGCCGUCUACUUCUGUAACAGAGCGGCGGCCUACAGCAAGCUGGGGAACUACGCAGGCGCCGUGCAGGACUGCGAGCGUGCUAUCUGCAUCGACCCUACCUACAGCAAGGCCUACGGCCGCAUGGGCCUGGCGCUGUCCAGCCUGAACAAGCAUGGGGAGGCUGUGGCCUACUACAAGAAGGCCCUGGAGCUGGACCCCGACAAUGAGACCUACAAGUCCAACCUCAAGAUAGAAGAGCUGAAGCUCAGAGAGGCACCGAGCCCUACGGGCAGUGUGGGCGGCUUCGACAUUGCUGGCUUGCUGAACAACCCAAGCUUCAUAAACAUGGCAUCAAGCUUAAUGAACAACCCCCAGCUCCAGCAGCUCAUGUCCGGGAUGAUUUCGGGAAGCCACAACCCCUUGGGGACCCCAGGCACCAGCCCUUCACAGAAUGACCUGAGCAGCCUCAUCCAGGCGGGCCAGCAGUUCGCGCAGCACAUGCAGCUGCAGAACCCUGAGUUCAUCGAGCAGCUGCGUAGCCAGAUACGCAGCCGGACCCCCAGUGCCAGCAACGAUGAGCAGCAGGAGUGACAGGCAGCCGAGCCAGCGCCAUCCUGUCCUUCCUGGCUGACCAGAAACCUUUGAGUGUUUUGCCGUUUUCUCUCAUUGGACUGCUCAAGAGAGAACCAGAAGAUGAAGUCGGGCCUGCAUGUUAGGAUGGACCCCGCCCCUGCUGCCCCUGCCCAGCCUCCCCUUUGUCCCUCCAUGCCCUAGGCCCCUUGUGAGGAAAGAGCCAGCCAGCCCAGUGCCGACCAGCAGCGACCUCUCUCCCGGCUCCAAGAGCCCCGCAGUCACUGAACUCGGCCCCCGUAGUCCCUGCCGCCCCCUCGAUCUGUCCUCAUGGACUUCGAGAGCCGAGCUGAGCUGAGCUGACCCCUCGGCCUGGGGCGAGCUCACUGCCAGCCCCAGCCUAGGCACCCGCAGCCUGGACUGUGCGUGCCUUGCCGGAGGACCUCGAGCUGCGGCGCCCAACUUGAUUCCUGCCUCCUCCUUUGUGGGGUUUUUCUUUUUGGUACCGGGGAUCGAACUUGGGACCUUGUGAUUGCGAGGCAGGCGCCAGAACCACUGAGCUAAAUCCCUGGCCCCGCCUCCUUCAUGUAGCCUGGCGCAUGGACAGGCUUGCUCCCUCCAUCCUCCUGCGGUCCUUGCAGCCAGCGGCUUGGCAUGGCCUCUGUCCAGCCUGUGCAGGAGGACGACAUCUUGUCCUGCAGGUCAGCCCUGAUGCUUCCCGCUCAGCUCUGAGACAGCAUGGGAGCUGCUUCUGGGGCAGCAGCUGCUGGGAAGUGUGGCCCUCACAGAUGUCCCCACUGCUACUGGCCCAGACGCGGGGUUCUGUGGCAGCAGCGGUGUGCAUCAUAGGCAGCCAGUAGGAAGCAGGCGGCACGGCCUCCUCAGCCCUCACUGGCAGGACACGGCCAGCCCGUCCCGUCUGCAGGAACUGUGCGGGGAAUAAAUAGACAUGGUGACCUCCUCUUG